CCCACUACGCCCAUCCCCUUAUUUUAACCAUCCUUCAUCUCGCCAUUACUAUACCAUAUCAUCUUUCUUCCCUUUUAUUUUUCAGCUUUGCAUUUAUUUUCACCUUUAAAUGUUACUUUUCUCAUGGCUCCCUACCUCGGACUCACGUCCCUAACCUCCUCCUUCCCAAAUUCAAACCAACCCCAAGCACAUUUCGCGAUGCGGAGCAACAAUAGCAACAUUCAGGAAUCUCCAGACGACGGCGACGAUUCGUGGGAAGUCCGGGCGUUCGAGGAGGACACGACGGGCAACCUGCUGGGCUGCACGUGGCCGCCGCGCUCCUACACGUGCACAUUCUGCCGGAGGGAGUUCCGCUCCGCCCAAGCCCUCGGCGGCCACAUGAACGUCCACCGCCGUGAUCGUGCCAGGCUGCACGAGGUUCCGCCGCCCCUCGUCCCCUCUCAACCGCCGCGGAUACUUAUCCAAACAGGCCAUGAAUUCGGCGCCGACGGAUUGUGCCUUGUUUACCCUUUACCAAACCCUAAUUCCAUCAUUUUCCCCAAUUUCUCAUCUCCUCUCCAACAUUUCGCCACCAAUACAUUUAAACCCACUGAAACGGCGCCCAGUAGUGUCGUUUCCUCCCUCUGCCACUCCACAAACACGGAAGCAUCUGAAUCAAACAACAUCAACGACAACCACAACAACAACAAUAUUCGAGGUUUGGAUGAAAACACAAAACACUCGGGCGGAGAGGAAGAGCUAGACCUAGAACUCCGACUGGGGCGGAGGCCUCCCCCGCCGCCAUGACGGAACUGAGCUUUUACUUGUAUUCAAUUUUCCAUUUUUUACUUUAUUUUUUUUUUCUCAAGAUUAAAUUUUAUAGAACACCUCGAGUUUUUACGAGUGAGCACUGUUUCAUUGAAUUGAUUGAUUAAUAGUAGAAUUUUAGUUUGGUAAAGUGAGGAAUGAUGAUUUGGAAAGUUUGGAGGAAGGGUUAGGGCAUGAGUGAAAAAAGAAGUUAUUAGAGAGAUAAAAAUUUAUAUACUGCUAGGGUUGGAUUGGCAAUUGAUAAAGGUUGCAGUGCAAUGUCAUUUUCUGACAUUGA